CUUGGCAGUUGUCAGCUCGCAGAGAACCUGACUUAAUCCGACGGCUGCCAACGCUGGAUCGAGUUAACGGGUGAGCUGAGGAUCAAUCUCCACAAGCUGAGAUGGAUGCCAAGGACACAACACGAAUUCGGCCAAGGUUGAGGCUUGAGGUACCACCACCAGACAAUGAUCCCAAGAGAAUGCUUCCAAGAACUCCCAGCUGGAGUAAGAAAUACAACUCUCAAUCGGUUUCACUUGGAUCAAAGAUCUUUCAGCAUGAGAAGAAAGCAGUGCAGCGUUCUAUCUCCGGCCCAAUGGAAGAACACACGAAGAAGGAGUUAACAAGGCUGUAUUCCGGAACUUAUUUGGUAAAACCUGUGACUCCUCGUCCAAAGCAAGGAGAUGAUCACGACGAGGUAUCCUCGGAGGAAGAUCUAUCUUGUAGAAUUUGCCUCUGUGAUCUCACCCAAGAGACAAGCUCCACUCUCAGGCUCGAGUGUUCCUGCAAAGGCGGCCUGGCACUGGCCCAUCAAGAUUGCGCUCUCAAGUGGUUUGGCAUUCGAGGGAAUCGACAGUGUGAUGUUUGCGGCCAGGAAGUUGUCAACCUUCCGGUCACACUCCGGCUCGAAAACGCUACUCAAAGUUUAAACCAGCAACUUGAUCAUCAAGGGCUUAGCUUUAGCAUGCUUGAGUGGAGGCUCUGGAUUAGCAUAAUCGCUAGCGUGACUUACUUCUGCUUCCUGGAACAAAUGCUGAUCAAGCAGAACGGUAAUCAGGCACUGAUCUUGGCACUGCCUUUUGGACUAUUAUUUGGAAUUACCACGUCCAUUACAGGGACUGUAUUUGUGGAACAAAAGUUUAUAUGGCUUCUUUCGGCAACUCAAAUUGGGCUUGUGAUAUCGCUCGCACACUUAUUCUACCAAAUGGUGGAGUCCUUAACCAUCUUUAUGAAAUUUAUGUUUUGUUUUUGCAGCUACAUAUCGAGGCAUUGCUUUCGAUAACAAUGGCUGGUCUUCUGGGCAUUGCAUUGUCUUUGGCGUUGGCGUUGUUACGAGCACGAAAUUCUACUCCAGAACAAAGAAUCCGGGAUGAGGAACAGGGACAAAACCCAUGAGUGAGAUGAUUUGCCUGUAAAUUAUAUGUUUUCUCUGGAAAAUGGUAUAUAGAAAGAUCGAAAUACCUCACAGUUAAGCUA